ACCAAACAAACAAAAGAUGAGAAAACAACAGGCGUAAUUAGCAGAAUAGAAUUACGAAAUAUUAGAACUGACGAAAUUCGUAAUCGAUUAAUUGCCAGAUUAAAUGAGGCGCAAAAAAAUAUGACCACUGUAAGUGAUAAAUCAAAAAGUGAAAAUGAACGUGCGCAACGUGCAAGAGAACGACUUCGUAAAAAAUUUGAGGAAGGACAACAUUUAUCACCGGGAAAAAAACGAAUGGUGGAUGGAAUGAAUAGAAUAGAACACUGA